UCUCAUCUCUAGUUUACUUUUACGAAAAUCGGUGUGCCGUAUUAAGAAUUUUGUAAAAGCAUACACAGAAGCCUUAAAAUAAUGGUUAAUGACUCGGGUCUAUCGACAGUAGAUGACUUGGAGCAAAAACUAAGCACCGCCAAACAAUCCCUACUUAUAUUAAAUGAGAACAUUCGACGCUUUUCCGGCCGCCAGUUGAGGACGGAGAAAUUCAAAUACAACCAAGAUGGAAAGAAGAUCGACAAUAAUGGAGACAGGGAUAGGGAACGUGACCGUCAGUUUCCACGUAACGGACCGGGAGGUGCCUUUAAAGACAAGCGGAGGAUGUUCGAUACAAAAGCGCCGCCCCGCUUUCCCGUCGAAGAAAACAUGGAUGGACGGCCGCCGAGGAUAAACUCCAGAGUAAUCAGAGAAUUACCAUCCAAAAAGGAAGUGGUCGAAGCUCAGGGAACUGAUUCUGAGUCAAGAGCUCGGAACCGUCGGAUGUUUGGUUCCCUGCUGGGAACACUGCAGAAGUUUUGCCAGGAAGAGUCUCGUCUCAAAAGUAAAGAGGAUAAGAAGGCCGAAAUAGAAAAAAAGGUAGAGAAACAGGAACUGCAAGAAAGAGCCUUGCUAAGAAAGGAGCGCGAGACUUUGUUUCUGGAUAGGAAACGAAAGCAGUUUGAAAUAAGAAGGUUGGAAUACAAAAUGGCCAGGCUGAAGGACUUCAAAUCAUGGGAGGCAACCAUGGCCUAUUCCAAACACCACAUAAGAACAAUAACAAAGCCGCAAUUAUUUUAUCGGCCUAAAACGCAUACAGCUAAAACUGAAAAAUUGCUGAACAAAAGCAAAAGUGAUGCCGAUAUCUUUAUAGAGUGUAGGCGAGAGGAAUUGGAAGCUGAACUGAGAAAUUUGGAGAGCAUGAAUUUUAUGAAGAUGGAUGAGGACAACGGGAUGGACGACAGCUUCUUUGAUGAGCCCGACGAUGAUGAUCAGCUGGGCGGACCCAUUGAUAAGUCUACAUUGUAUGGUAAAUGAAAUCGUAAAAUUAGCCGAUGCUAUGCUAGGAAUAAAGGACUAAUUCAACUUGGAUCAAAUGUAAUAAAAUCAA